CGGAACGUAGCACAGAUUGACCGAAAACACAUAAGUAUUUUAAACGCGAUUGGAUUUGAUUUUCAUUAUCAGUGCGUUGUAUUAUUUUAAUUGAAAAUUGUUCUGAAUAUUUCGAAAAAGAUGAAUCACGAAAUAAAUGUUCAAAGCGAAAGUGUUCAAGACUAUUCUGAUCUCAAUGAAGAAGCACAGGAAUUAAUAAAAGCGGCGAUAGAAGCUCGAGAGUUUGCUUACGUUCCAUAUUCAAACUUUAAGGUCGGUUCAGCCAUUCGAGUGGCGGACGGAUCAAUUAUCGGCGGGUGUAAUAUCGAAAAUUCUGCCUAUAGUCCAACAAUUUGUGCGGAAAGAACUGCAGCGUGCAAAGCAAUAAGUACGGGUAAUAAUGAAUUUAAAGCCGUCGCUGUAAUUGGUCUACAGGAAAAAUCAUUCACCACGCCAUGCGGCGUGUGUCGUCAAUUUUUGAGCGAGUUUGCGAAGGAAGACAUUCCGGUUUAUGUAACGAAACCCGAACCAGAGCGAGUGCUUGUUACUUCACUUAGCCGCUUACUUCCACAUUCCUUUAACUUAAAUUAAUUGUGUCAUUAUCAUUGAAUCAAUAAGGUUCAUUCCUUAAACUACCGAUUAAACUCAAUAGGGCCGGAUUAAAGGACUGCCAAGACUGUAUGUAUACUUUCCACCGGUUUUUCUUUGUUCAAUUAUUGAUAAUGUUAUCAUAAUAAUCAGUCGUUAGCAUUUCUUUACUGAAUAAAAUUGACGUAUUUGUUAAAAAAAGCAAA